GACAGGCCAGUGAGAAUGGAACCCUGAGCAUACUUCGCCGGGACUGAUGUGCGCCCGGAAGGAAUGAAGUAUGGAUGUGAAGGAACGUAGUAGGCCUUACUGCUCCCUGACCAAGAACAGACGGGAGAAGGAACGGCGCUAUACCAAUUCCUCAGCAGACAGCGCGGAGUGCAGGGUUCCCACGCAGAAGUCUUACAGUUCCAGUGAAACCCUGAAAGCUUUUGAUCACGAUUCCUCGCGGCUGCUUUAUGGAAACAGAGUAAAGGAUUUGGUUCACAGAGAAGCAGAUGAGUUCACCAGACAAGGACAGAAUUUCACCCUAAGGCAGUUAGGCGUUUGUGAACCGGAAGCCCGAAGAGGACUGACGUUUUGUGCGGAAAUGGGGCUCCCUCACAGAGGUUACUCUAUCAGUGCAGGGUCAGACGCUGACACUGAGAAUGAAGCAGUGAUGUCCCCAGAGCAUGCCAUGAGACUGUGGGGCAGGGGGGUCAAGUCAGGCCGCAGCUCCUGUCUGUCAAGCCGGUCCAACUCAGCCCUCACCCUGACAGAUACAGAGCACGAAAACAAGUCGGACAGUGAAAACGCUUGCCGUGUGUCCUUAGACGUUCUAUCAUAUCACUAUAAGUUGAAACGAGAAGGAUGUGCAUAAAAUAGCUCACCGAAGUGAAACUAAUUGAGAAACCAGACACUGACUUGUUUUUUCCCCCCAGUUUAGCAGGGGAGUUUGGGUUGACUGUUUUUGUCAUUUGAAAUAAUGUGAAUAAGGCUGUUUUCCUCAGAAAAAGAUAAAAUGUUAUUCAACAUUUGUGCAAUUAUGCAAGCUGAGUGACUGAUAUUCUAGUUAUAACUUCAAAGAAGAGUUUAGUCACUGCAAGGGAUUAGAUUUCAUUUAUUUAUUGAUAAGGAGGCCAACAGUUCAAGUUAAGAAGGUGCUAGAACUGCUGUGAGGCUAAUGAAAUUUUGAUGGCCUGAGCAUCCCAUGAGAGUAAAGGAACCUUCGGACCAUGUCACACGUCUCCGUGUUAGCAGAGAUUCUAAACCAGUGACAAAAUAUAUUCUUUUGC